AGUCCGCAAGUCUUAAAGGAGCCAAGUUUGCAGACCCCUCCCCUAGGGCAAACGAGACCGGGUGGGGAGAUGGCGAGCAGCGAGUAGCCGCUCCUCAGCGGAGCCGAGAGAAAUCCGCGGCAUUGCCCGAAGCUGCUUGCAAAAGGGAAUAUUUUGAACCCGGCAGCUUUUAAGGAAAGGAAAAAGUACCAGUAACAUCUGGGAAGCGGAGGUAAGCGGGACCACCCGGUUUAAAAAUCCCCCUUCCCCCCACCACCUUCACCGACCCCACUCUCCAGGCUGAAAAACUACAAAUCAUAAAGAAAGGAAGUUUUGAAAGUGAGAGUGUGAGACCGUCAGAGAGAGAGAGAGAGCGCGGAGAGCGAGCGCAUGGAGCGCUGAAAGGGAAAGUGAGAGAACGCGGAGAAAGACGGCCGCCUUUGCUACAAUAAAACGAGCCGCCCAGAGAUACUUUUAAAAGAGACACUUUUACUUUUAAAGUGAUACUUUUAAAGCUGAGGCGAGCGCGUGAGAGAGAGAGAGAUUGAGAGACGGAAGGAUUAUAAUCACCUAAGGAAAUAGAAAGAAAGAAAAAAAUAGAGAGCAGAAGGAGGAAGCGAAGAAGAAGAGAAAGUUGAAAGGACAGGAAGAGAGGAUUUGAAUUGCGAACUAAACGGCCACGCUGAGCGGAGACUUAAGACUCACCAGCACCAAGCAAGCCAGUGUCUUAAGAGAGGAUAUAGCAGCCCAGAUAUAAUUCCAGCUCGAGAUUCAAAGGCGGUUUAUUUUUCUUUCUUUUUCUUCUCCUGUUACUAUACUUUUGAGUAUCCCUCCACCAUUUUAAACUGUACUGAAACUGAAUCUAUCGCCAUUCCAAAAAAAACCAAACCCCAACCGGAAGACUACAAGAAACAAACGGAUGCUUAUCUCCCAAACAAAGGAACCGAGUAAAUGGAAUGCUAAUUUUUUGAACAGAGCUCCUAGUGCUUAAAUAACAAUCUGUGCAUCCUGAAGGGAGAUCACUUCCUAUAGCUUUGCCCUGUGUGUGUGUGUGUGAGAGAGAGAGAGGGGGGGGGGAGAGAGGGAGAGAGAGAGCGCUUUAGGGGCGAUCGCUCCCCCGCAUCCUCGAGAGAGCUUUAGCCUCCAUCCUGAGGGGAGAUCGCUUAUUACAGCCUUGCCCAGUGAGAGAGAGGCGCUUGAGAGGAGAGAGAAGGGCGAUCACUCCCCAAAACCUCCCACAUCCGCUCCCACUUGAGGGAAAAGAGUGAGGAGAUAUUGAUAUUAAACCUUAAACCUUGCCAUUCACGAUUGGUAUUGGACAAAUUAAUUGGUAAAAUACAAACGGAACAUCGACCAUGGCAAGCAAAAAUUCCAACGGACCUGCCAAACGCCCUCAAACAAAAGUUGCCGCUACAAACAUUGUCCAAAAUGAAUCAAUAAUAUGCUAUAAAUGUAAUGAAUCAAUAAAAGAAAGUGAAGAAUCCAAGAAAUGCCGCCUAUGCAUAAACUAUGCCCACUACUCCUGCCUGAAAAUAAACAAAUCAUUAAACAAACUCCUACAAUCUGAUCCUGCAUUUAUCCAUCUAUGUUCAUCUUGUCUUCCUAAAUUAGACUGCUUAACUUGUAUGACUGAUAGAGUACAAACCAUGAAAACAGCUAUAGAAUCACAACAAAAUAUCAUUGACUCCAUUCAAACAAACUUAGAAAAAAGAAUACAAGAAAAUAUCAGGCAAACAAACUUAGAAAAAAGAAUACAAGCAUGUUUAGAUCGAUGUUUCACUAAUUUUGGGGAAAAAAAUACAGCACAGGAAAAUGGGAACUCAACAGAUCAAAAUCUUUUCCCAAUCCAACAAACAUUGCCUAAUACACAACCUAAACCACAAACAUCUACCAAUGAACUAAACGACCUAGCUAUAAUAGUAAAUGAUGCCUUUGAGAGAGAACAAAAACGUCAAAAUGCUAUAUUAUUUGGACUAGAUAAUACAAAUGAACCAGAUAUCGAUAAAGUACGUAACAUCAUUAAAAAUUACAAUUCCUCCACCUUCCACCCUAACGAAAUAACCGAAGUCUCCAGAGAUGGACCUGAAUACAAAAACAGUGAUGGCUCAGUGGCGCCUAAAUUCUGUAGAGUCAUCUGCAUAAAUGAGUCCAGCAAACGUAAUUUCAUUCAUGCUAUAAACACAAUGGCCAGAACCAACCCCAGCCUCAACAAACUUAGAGCAAAACCUGAUCUAUCUUUUCUGCAACGGAUUCGCUCCCGUGAACUUCGCGCAGAACUCAAGCGACGGCAAGCCGAAGGCGAAACCAACCUUUACAUUGACUACCGUGCUGACUGCAUAAAAAGCAAAACCUACAGUCAAGUGGCCGACAUCCAACCCCCCAUUGAUCAAAGCAUCCAACCAUCCAUCGCACUAAACUUCCAAUCAUCUGUCGUACAAAACCCUCAACCAACCGUCUUUCAAACAACCAACCUCCAACCACUCGUCGUACAGAACCUCCAACCAUCCAUUGUUCAACCAAACGUCGUUCAACCAACCAACCUCCAACCACCCGUCAUACAGAACCUUCAACCAUCCAUCGUUCAACCAAACAACCUCCAACUGUUCGGCGCUCCGAACCUCCAAACAACUGUCAUCCAAAACUAGGUUCAGAGUGACUCAGGAGGGACAUAUAUUUUGUCAUCCCAAUCCGUUUCUUGCAUUUACCUCCACCGCUGUGCUAGCCAAUUACCUUUCUCGUGGGUUUUUUUUUUACUGGUAAUUGCUAUUUGCUUUCAGAAGCAGGCAAACUUUUUAGAGUUCUAAAUUAGCCUGAUUUAUGAGUCAGAAGGACAGUGCGCCAGCAACAACGUCACAAUCGCAGCUGCAACAACUGGGGGUCUUCUGGAGCCAUUGAGGAGCUCAUAAUACCAGAGGGUUGUGAUAAGAGACCGCAUAUUUAGUUUUGCAUAUAUCGACGGAAACAAGGAUUAUAUUUGCUAAAUACUGGAAAAAUGAGAACACCCUGUCAGAUGAGGAAGUAAUUCUGCCCAAGGAGCUGCUGAUCCAGUUUUACUGAGGAAUUAUUGAGUCUGUCAUCUGCACCUCUAGACUGUCUGGUUUGGUUCUGCAACCCAAGAAGACAGACACAGACUUCAGAGGAUUAUUAGAACUGCAGAAAAAACAAUGGCUACCAACCUGCCUUCCAUGAAGGGCCUGUAUCCUGCACUAGUCAAAAAGAGGGCUGUGAAAAUAUUUUCAGACUCCUUACAUCCUGGACAUAAACAGUUUCAACUCCUACCCACAAAAUGACGCUACAGAGCACUGCACACCAGAAUAACUAGACACAAGAACAGUUUUUCCCCGAAUGCCAUCACUCUACUAAACAAAUAAUUCCCUCAACACUGUCAAACUAUUUACUAAAUCUGCACUACUAUUAAUCUUCUCAUCGUUCCCACCACCCAUCUCCUGCCACUUAUGGCUGUAUGACUGUAACCUUGUUGCUUGUAUCCUUACGAUUUAUAUUGACUGUUUCCUAGUAUGAUUCGAUUGCUUAUUUGUAUCCUAUGACUAUUAUUAAGUGUUGUACCUUAGAAUUCUUGAUGAAGGUAUCUUUUCUUUUAUGUACACUGAGAGCGUAUGCACCAAGACACAUUCCUUCUGUGUCCAAUCACACUUGGCCAAUAAAAAAUUCUAUUCUAUUCUAUUCUAUUCUGAAAAAAAAUUAAGACUGUGCUGAAAUGGACAGACUAACUUUAAAAAUAAAAGAUAAAGAAGACAGAAUAUUAUUUGAUAUAGAAUAGAUUUUAUGAGUGGUUAGACAAGAGGUUUUUGAGGAAGAAAGACUAUGAAUGUUCAUAUUAAAAAUAGAGGUGGUUUAUAACUACAAUCAUUAUAAUGCUUCCUGCCUGGGCAGGGGGUUGGACUAAAAGACCUCCAAGGUCCCUUCCAGCUCUGUUAUUAUGUUAUAAUUAACAAAAAUGUAAAUAAGCCAAUAUAAAA